UGGUUUUACAUAUCGCGUUCCGAUUGGCGUGUGCAGGCGCUUUGCAGCUGCACUGCUGGCUUGAGAGUAUCGAGUUCGAGGUCGUCGAUCAUCUAACUAUAUGCUCGUGCUCUCACUUUCGUCUUUGGUGCAUGGCAUGGUCGCAGAGAUCUACUCAAUAGCGGAAACAGAGCUCGACCGGACGCGCAAAUAGACGGUACAAGAUGGCGAGCGUCGCAUUCAGAGGCACGCGGCGACUGCUGCAAGACAGCAAAGAAUAUGUGUCGUCGCACAAGUUCCACCUCAUCGAGGGCAAGACGCCGUUCUGGCGAAAGUUCAAGGCUUUGACACGUCUCAACCCCGAGAUUUCUUCCGGUAUCCCUCUCCUCGAGACAAACCGCAACCCUCCCCCUGGUUCGCGCCCGGAGCACCACUCGAUCCCUCCCUCGCGAGCUUCCGACAUCGCCGACAACCUCUACCACAGUCGCGACUUCAGGCGGAAGUAUGAGAAGCUGGAGAUGAUCACGCAAGAGAGUCUUACGAAGCUCCUCCUUGCGCAACCAAACGAGGACGGUACCAAGACGCUCGCCCCACCAGGCGAGGGGUCAUCAGCUACCUCAAAGGAGACAGCGCUCAUCGCGCCUUCAGAUCUCUCCGUGCCCAAGGCUUUCACGGAUGUGCUGGCGCAGGUUCACAAGACAGAGGCCUACAGCCCCACAAAGCUGCCGCCGACGCCGCCUUUCAAAAAGCCGCAUCACAUCCUCAAGCUGCAGCCAGGCGCUGUUCCGCAUGAUCCGGACCACUACUACCCGGCCGAGAACUAUGCAUGAGCAGGUGAAGAUGUCCGAUAAAUCUACGGCACUAGGGAGCUGUGCAAUGAAUGCAACGUCAUCAUUU